AUGUGCAAUGCAUCUCCGGACAAGACCAACACGGUCCCGGGGUCAGGUGAGGCAUUGCCUCCAGAAUCACGUCUGGAUGCGUCGCAAACCAAUCCGACACCCGGGACGUCAAGUGGACGCGGGGCCCCCUCUCGACCAGGUUACUCACGACACUCUUCGACUUCGUCGUCAACCUUCCCGAACCCAAACCAAGCCCGUUAUGGACCGCCGUCUCCAUUGAAUAUGAGCCACAUGGCUUAUUCACUUCCGACUCAUCAGUCGCCAUCCUCCCCGUUCGAGGUGCAACACCUAAUGCACCAAUAUCCUACGACCCAUCCUCAUGUGCUCCCCUACCCGAUGCAAUCUAUGAGCCACUACCCUGGUCAGAACACUGGAGGGAACAUGCCAUUUGCUGCACCAUACCCUCCAGCUUACAUACCUUAUCCCAUGCCUCAACCCCCGCCCACGCAACACGCCACGGGCCAUUACCCGCAGUACGUAUUGAGUCCGACAAUGCAGCUAGCGCCGGGACAAGUGUCUCCCUUCGGGGCUGGAUACUACCAUCCUGCCGGCUACAUACCCUUCUCUCGACAUGGAUCACAGUCUGAAUCGGCCCAAUUGUGCAAUCCAGGGAUACCGUCUAGACAGGCAAGUUUCUCGCAAGCAGUACCCGCACCAGGCGUCACGACCGGGACUACAAGAACGGAUACCGACAAGCGAGGCGCAAAGGGCGAUUACGAUGUGACCAAGACGAUUGUGGAUGGCUCGAAUACGAAACGACCAAGCCAACCUGUAUCUACCACUUCCGAUCCUCAACACGCAUAUCAACCGCUUAUCCCACCACCCGGAACUCCUCGCGGACCCCCUCGAAAACCAAAACAGUCCGGUCAUGCUCUUUGGGUAGGCAAUCUGCCACCCGGGGCCAGCGUGGUCGACCUGAAGGAUCACUUUUCACAGGAUGCGGUCGACAGCAUUGAAAGUGUGUUCUUGAUCUCGAAGAGCAAUUGUGCGUUCGUGAACUAUAAAUCCGCUGCCGCAUGUGCGGCGGCGCUGGCUCGCUUCCACGACUCCCGAUUUCAAGGCGUACGGCUAGUGUGUCGACUCCGCAAGGGCUUUACCGCGCCAGGAUCGGGGCUGGGUAGCGGUGCAGUGGGUAUGGGAAUGGGAUCAAGUGGUGGGGUCUCUCAUUCUCAUCCUGGGGACCUCGCUGGUUCCUUCGCCGGCGUCGAGACGGGACCGUUGCCUAACCCUUCAAACUCUGGACCUCAACGGGGAGGGGAGCCACCACGCAUGCCCGAACGGUACUUUAUUGUCAAAAGCUUGACAGUGGAAGACCUUGAGUUGAGCAAACACAGUGGGAUUUGGGCGACGCAGACGCACAACGAGGUGACUUUGAACCACGCAUUUGCAAACACGGAUAAUGUCUAUCUUGUAUUUUCGGCCAACAAGUCUGGCGAAUACUUCGGCUAUGCACGAAUGAAAUCGCCCAUCAACGACGACGAGGAUCUUACAAUGGAGAUGCCACCACGUCCAGAGCCGCAACUCGGAAUGGCCGACGAAUUCGAAGUAAUCGUCACCGCUGCGACGCCGAGCGCACCGAAAGGUCGAAUUAUUAACGAUUCCGCUCGCGGUACAAUCUUCUGGGAGGUUGAAUCGUCCGAAGAUGAACACGACGCUGGGCCCAGCGACGACAACAGGGUCGAGGGCCGUGGAGCCGGCCUCGACACUCCUCCUCCUCCUCCCUCUCCUUCACUUCCUCCUCCUCAACCCGCCCCCGUUUCCACAAACGAGGCCGCAACGGGGGGGAUGACUGGAGACGAAGAAGAAAUUCAAACAUUUGGCAAGCCAUUCCGGAUUCAAUGGCUGUCGACUGACCGAGUACCAUUCCAUCGUACACGAGGGUUGCGAAACCCGUGGAACGCCAACCGUGAAGUCAAAAUCGCGCGCGACGGAACGGAAAUUGAACCGACUGUUGGUCGCAAACUGAUCUCGCUUUUCCAUUCGUGUUGA